AUUAUUUGUAGCAUAUUUAUGUCUAGUGGCACUAUUAACAAAGUUAUACUUAUUGGAAAUUUAGGCAAAGAUCCCGAAAUCAGAAGUACACAAAACGGAAAGGAAAUGGCUAAUUUUUCAAUAGCUACAUCUGAAAGCUGGGUCGAUAAGAUCUCCGGUAUGCGUUCUGAAAAAACAGAGUGGCAUAAUAUUGUAGUUUUCAGUGAAGGACUAGUAAAAAUCGUCAAGGAUUUUGCUCGUAAAGGCAGCAAAGUCUACAUUGAAGGAUCUCUUCGUGCGAGAAAAUGGACUGACAAAAAUGGUAGUGAAAGAUAUAUAACAGAAGUUGUAUUACAAAACUUUAGCAAUACUCUUACUCUCUUAGACUCGCGAAAUAGCGCACUAAAUUCUACAAAUGAGUAUUCUGUAAAUGAGUAUAAACAAAGUGAGUAUAAACGAAAUCAAGAAAGUAAGCAUGAAAGUGACGAUAUAAAAGAUGAACUCAUUGAUGAUGAGAUACCAUUUUAGAAAACAGUCCAUCUACUAUAAAAGUUUGCUUUAGUGAAGAUGAAGCAU